AGCGGAACGGGGUACUGGUGCAUAGAAAGACAAGAAGAAUAUACACUGAACUUGCGCAGGAGUUGAUAGUUGGUGUUGUCAUCCAAGAUGGCGUAAGAAAAUACCCAGACGACAAUUCUUCACAAAGUCGUUUGGUAUUUCGAGGAAUUUGCUGGCGCUAAAAGAGAAAUCUGUGGACGCGCGAGCAGACGACAAAGUAAAGAUUGAUUUAUUUUGGGGUGAGCAUUGGACUUCACCAAGAUGGUUGUGGUGAAAGGGAACGUGAUGUACUCGUGCAAGGCGUUCUACAUCGGCAGCGAGAAGCCUGCCGAGGACAAGAAAGGCGUUGAGGCCCUUCAAGGACCGCUCAGGGACAAGUACCAAGGAAACGUUUCUGACGUCGCGGGAUAUGACGUCACAGUGACGGUUAUGCCGGACGUUCUCCACGUCAAGUACUCGAAUGACAUCAAGCCGGAAUUUAUACUGCCGAUCUCGACAUUAUCUAUCUGCGCAGCUGUGCGCGGUGUUGAGAGUCACGGCGACCCCGGGAACAUGAAGUUUGUUCCGGUUCAUUCCGUCAUCACUGCGAAUGAGCCGGACUCGGAACAUCCAGCUAUCUACGCGACGGUGAUGCGAAGUCACAGGGACACCAGUGAAUCACUGCUAUGCCACGCGUUCAUAUGCAACUCAACGCGGGAUGCACUGCACCUAGUAAACGCUACGCAGACCGCUCAUACUGCUCACAGACGCGGCUACACCUCGAAUGGCGCCAUGAAAUUUUUCAUCGACCAGUCGACUGAAUUCGACAAGACAUUGCGCGUAUCGCAGUCUGCGCAUGCCCGAAAGCAAGAUACUAAGAAAAUCUACAUGUACCAGGAAGACUUUGACACCCGUCAGUUCAACGCCGACUCCAAAACCUACGUCACACGUAACGAUGACUUCGACAUGAGACGUACCGCUACUAUUACGCGUUCAUACGAUACGGACAACGUCGUUGAAGAUGGAGACAGACAGACGACGUACUACAUAAAGGCGGGUGACUACCGGGCAUCUACGCCGCCGCCAGCCGUCGAGUCUGAGACCGUUAUUGUUAGGGCGGACGCCGAAAUACAACGCCCUCCUACUCCGCCGCCGCAGCAGACGAUCUAUGUUGAUAAACCAGUUGUUGUCCCUCAAAAACCAAUUGAAUAUCCCAAACCCAGAAUCAUUGAAAGACCUGUCAUGAUCAAACCACCGACACCACCCCCAAUGGAGCCUCAGACAAUUUACGUCGACAAACCGAUCUUCAAGGAAAUGAAGUGGCCGGAUCCUCCUAAGCCUAUUGUAAUUGAGCGACCAUGUUACAUAGAUCCACCCCCGCCACCAGAACAGAAAGCGCAGACAAUUGUUGUGGACAAACCGAUUGUUAGGGAGUAUCCGAGACCACCCACACCUCCAUCGCCAAUUAUUCAGGAGAAUCUGGUCUACAUUAACGCACCAGAGUGGCCACGCCAGUCUCCGCAGAAGAUUAUAGUUGAUAGGCCAGUUGUACGACCCAUUGGCCCUGCACCGCCGCCACCACCGCCGGAUAUUGAGGAGAGAACUGUGUACAUUGACCCACCGGAGUUUCCAAAGCAACAAGCGCAUAGGAUUGUUGUUGAAAAGCCCGUGUUCAACCCACCUAAACCGGCGCCUAGACCGCCAACACCGGAAAUUGAGGAAAAGAUUGUGUACAUCGAUUGCCCGCCGUACCCCAAACAGGAAGCGCAGAGAAUCAUCGUUGAGAAGCCGAUCAUUAAAGAUCCCGGUCCGCCGCCACCUGCACCUAAGCCCAUAAUAAUUGAAAAAACUGUUUAUAUUGACGGCCCGAAGUAUCAGCAGCAGGAGCCGCAGAGGAUCAUUGUCGAAAAACCGGUCCUACGCGACCGCGGUCCACCACCACCACCUCCUAAGCCGAUUAUUAUUGAGAAAAUCGUGUACAUUGAUCCACCACCAUGGCCUAAACAGGAGCCGCAGCGUAUCAUUGUAGAGAAACCUGUUAUCCGCCAGCGCCCUCCGCCACCAGUCCCGAAACCGGUGGUGAUUGAGAAGCCCGUCUAUGUGGAUGUGCCAGCCCCGCCAAUGCCUGAACCUCAGAGAGUCAUAGUCGAGAAACCCAUAAUGAGAACGACGUACGGUUUAUCCGAAACGCGCCGGGAGCCGUCGGUGUAUAACUACCACUACCAACACAGGCCGGCGAACGUCAGAUCAUCUUACGUCGUCCGAUCGACCUCGCCGCAACGGGGUCUGCGACGCUACGCGAUAUCUGAGGUCGGCGAUGACAGAACAAGACGCGUCGACUACGGAAGCGAUGGCGGCGCGGCCUACCGCCUCUACGGGCAGCCACGCGACUUCCGAUUCAAGGAGAAUCAGUUCAUGAACGAACGUGGAUUCGGGCGAAGCAUUCACCAAGAGCUCCGUACAUCCCGAGGACCCAACUCGUACACGUAUGGAGGUGCCUACCGCAUGAACGAGCGACGCGGCUCAGUAAGUAGCUAAACUGGGACGUUGAAUGCAAUUAAUUGUGAAAAUGAACAUAACAAUUAUUGAAUAGCAUUAACAUGAUUAUAAUUGCUUGUAAAUUUAAAAAACGACAUUUUUACUUUAGAACUUUUAUCAACAAUGAGGUUGCGAAACACAACGCGUACGUGGACUUGUAUGGUCUAAUAACUGAUUUACGAUAAUUUUCUUCAACCUUGUACUGGUAAGCCCGCUGACACUUGCAAAUAUCACUUUCAUCGUGCUAUCGCAUAAUACAUUCUGAACGUGUACAAUGUACACAUACCUUGAUGACGUAGUACACAAAAAGUAGCCCACACGUUGUACAUACCCGUACAUGAAGUGUUUCGCAACCUGUGAGUUAAUAUCUUCAAAUUGUUGGAAUGUUACCAUCAUGUUUUGUACUUAAAUUAUAUGAAAUUGUCAGCGAAUAGUAAAAAUGUUUAAGGCUGGAUUGCUCUCAAUUAAAAACAUUCCAUUUCAGCCCUAACAUUGUAAAUCACUAGUUACGCAUACUUAAACUUACUCGCAUUAAUAGACACUUACUUUUUGCCAAAACGUACGAUUUAAAUACAUGUAUGAUUUUUUCAUUUUAAAACAACCAUUUCAUUGUAGUACAGCGUAUCCUAGCCGCUAUUGCUAAACAAUUGAUAAAAAUGACUAUCUAAUUUUCUAAUUGUAGAUUCACUAACCCUCUAAAGGAACACUUGUACCCUGUAUGACGAAGACCACGUGAUUAUCGUUCUCAAAUCUGAUUGGAUCUUCAAAAAAUCGAUAUUCGGAAUUUUCGUACACGAACUUUCUAAUUUUUCAAAUUUGAUUGGUUAUUUCACAUAUAUAAAUGAAUAUGGGAAGGCAGAUUGCACAUGCUUUUUAUACAAAUUCACUUGUAUAGUUGUACUAAAACUAACCAAAUUAAGAUUGCAAUUGAAACAUAUUUGCCUUGAAAUUAUUAAUUUAUAUUCUUUAAAUCCUUUGAAUUAAAGUUCCUUUUAUUAUUUUAGCUCACUCUUUUUUAGAAGAAGUAUUAAAGCAUUGGUGUCGUUGUGGAUUAUUUCGUGCAAAAACUCGCCUCUAAGGGCAGAAUUCAAUAAUCGAUUUAAAAAUAUAUCAAAAAAUAAUCAAUAAUUUGUUUCGCAAAGUGUUAACAUAUCCCAUGACUUUCUUAAAAAAAAUUCUCAGUUACUCACUUGACAAACUGAGAAAAACUGACGAGACUUGUUAUUUGUUCUUCUUUUCAGCGCAAUAAAUAUACAAUGCUGUUAUAAACGCAAAAAAUGCAUGAGCUUACAUUAUUUAAAGAGCAGAUUAUCUUCUUAUGCUUCACUGUAAACAGUUUCCAUAAAUGAUUAUUUUCCAUCCUUUUCCUUUCUUGAACAAUUCCGCUUAAGGUGUCCGAUGGACAAUGUGUUUCCUUCGAAAACAACCCCGUGUGUAUGCCGGUACAUCAGUAGAAGUAGUUCAUAAAAUUCUAAAUAAUAGUAGAGUAUUAUAAUUGUAGAGUUUUUACGUGUAUUCUGUAAAUUUAAGUUUAAAUUGAUUGCCAAAGUUUCAUUGCAUUAAGAUUCACAAGAGUAAAGUCACUAACUCAAGCUGUUUAAUUGAACUUACUAAGCGAACUACUUGCAUUGUAGUAAAAUUACUACGCGAACUACUUGCAGUGUAGUUAAAUAUAAAAAAUCUGAGAUUGUAAACCGUCCAUGUACUCAGAGGUUGUUAUCGAUGGAAAAUGGCAGAGAAGUUCCGAAUGGAUAAAUGCAUUUUUACAUCGGAUUCCCUCAAAGCUCUACUUUGUUAACAAAACCAUUCUAUUAGUUAGUUAUUGCUUCUGCUUUGACCAACAUUGCAAGCUUUGGAAACAUGUUACCACCAUGUUAACAAUGUAUUUCUACGCUUACGUUUCUGCUUUAUUAAUAUGUCGCCACUUUUCAUAUUCAUUUGCUGGACAUGGUUAAAUGGCGAGGGACGUUAUACUUGAGACAAGUGCUUCUUAUUCAAAUUGCUGUAUGAAAUGUGUUAUAUCUAGCUAGAUGGACGGUUCUGUUCCGCUCAGAUCUGUUCAUAUUGUAUUCUGAAUCUUUGUACAUGUACAUAAUUGCUUUUUUGAAGGUGUUCAAUGUCUCUUAAAUAAUAAUUAUUUACGUUUAUUAAAAAGUUUCUGUGAAAAUGUAUUUUUUAAUUGAAAUUGUAUGUUAUGCAUGUGUUGAGACGAUAUAUUGGACUUCAUCAACACUAUGAGAUUAGGGUUUUCUGCCUUUUAUGAACUAUGCUAAUGUAACUACAAGCACUAUGCAUGCGAGUUGUAUAUAGUUCAUAUUCGCAAAAAAAAGAUUAUUGUGUGAUAAUAAUUAGACGAAGAUAUUUGUUCAAUUUUAACACCAAGUGCUUUAUAACUUCCAGCAGAUGUGUUUUAUUCAUUAAGUGCUAAAUUUCAAAUGUAUACUUCCUUAAUUUAAAGUGCCCGAUUAUCAAUCGGCAAUAAGCGUGAGAUUUCGGUGAUUUCUGAUACUGGACCGAGCUCCAGCGAUUCACUUACUACCUUAUUAAAAUACAUGUGUAGCACAAAGUGAUUAUUACAUUUAUUAUUGAUAUAUAUUAUGCCAAUUACUUGUCUCUGUUAUUAUUUCUUGCAAUCCAGUUUAUAGAUUUAGAUUUCAUAUAUUACUGUUUAUCAAUAUACAUUCUACAUUCUUAUACAAAUAUCUAUUCUUUGAAUAAAAUACAAUCGGAAUGAGUA